AUGGGCAAUUUCUCGGAGUUCUGCGCGACCGCCGCGACGUGGUUCGACACGAACGAGAAGCGCGCCGUGAUCAUCUGGGCCUUGUGCGCGUUCUCCGUGAUCUCCAUGUUCAUCGCCGGCAUGAUGGCGUUCUCGAACAUGCAGAUGCUGAGAGACGAGCUCUAUGAGGAAGGUAACAGCAGCGUAGCGAAGCUCUUCACGCAGAUGCAGUUCGGGAUCUUCUCCAUGGCGAUAUCCGUCGCGCUGUGGGUCGCGUGCACGAUGUGGGAGUACGCGUACAAAAAUACCCCGCAGAAGGCCUUGGGGAUAACCAUCGUCCUGGGCGCGACGUUCUACACGAUGAUCAUGCUCCUGUCGCACGGGAUCUCCCUCGCGUACACGCAGACGUACACCGCGGACUGGGUCCUCGAGACGUACAACGAGUGCACGUUGACGCAGGAGAACAACUACCCGAAUUUAUGCGCCUUCGACGAAGGCGACAAGGAAAAAUACGAAGCCACGUACGCUUUCGCGUUCAUGAGCUUCGGGUGUAUGUUCUUGUACGGCGCCGUGCUCGGGUAUCUGCGAUACAAGGAGAACACGGAGGGCAUCUCCGGCGGCGGCGACGCGUACAAGGCGGAGGAUCCUCCCGCCGCGACGAACGACCCGGAGAGCGGGUCGAGCGGGGCGUGGGACGGGGACGGCGGGUCGACCCCGCGGUCCGGGCCGGCGUCACCGGUGCAGAGCGGCUCGGGGGCGUACGAUAACUCCCCGGAGGCGGCGACGGACGACGCAAACAACCCGUGGGCGUGAGGGGGGCGAG